AUGUAAAGAAUACGUGGUGUUCUAUGUUUAUUAUUUAAAUUGAUUUAUUUAAACCUUAAUGAGCAGAUACAAAAUUAUAUUCUAUAUACAAAAACAAAAACAAAGAUCUAUCUCAAUAGACAAAGUAAGUAAAAAUAGGCCAAAUCUCUUCAUGCAUAUUUUUCUCGAACGAAUCGGCUCUAAGAGCACCACAACCCUGCCCCUCCCCCUGCUCAGUGUGGACACAGAGACACCGCCACACAUCUUUACCAAUGACAUUCGCCUUUAACAAAAAAAAAAAAAAGACGAGGAAAAAACUAAUGGCUCCCAAUUGGCUCCCAACGACGCGAGCCGGCUUCUGUCGUUCAUUUCAAAGAGCCGAUUCGUUCGCGACCGACACAUCAGUACUACUCUCGGCAGCUCGCGUCCAACUGUCAGCAGAGUGCGGCGUGCCUCACAGCUGCUGCCAGUUCACGACAUGUGUUGCUGACUUGACUGAGUGGGGUGGGAGGAAUACAGCCCGACCUGCCAGCAUCCAUUUGGACCCAGGAGCCAGCCUUUUAAAGCGUUCCAACCGUGACAUUAGAAGCUCCACUGGACGGCGAAGGAGAGAAUGAGAAUAGUGGAUGUUGUUUCCACUCGUCGGUACAUCGCAGAAGAAUAGGACUCACUCACAAGUUCUCGUUGAACCUGUUGUUGAAGGAGUGGCGGUGACUGGUUUCCGUUUCUUCUCGACCCCUACACAAUACUAUCUGUAGUGAGAAGAAUCAACACAGGAAGGAGCAGAGUGGCAGAUGGACAGGAAGUGACGUUGGGGGCUCAGAGUUGAGUUUUAGCUCACACAACGCAAAUAUGGCACGUUCAAGGACCACUAAACAAAGUGCAAAAUCUCAAUGCUUGACAAAAAAGCAUUAUCAAUGAAGCAGAAGGACAUACACAUCUACAGCAGUCAACUCCUGGCUCAACAUCACUUCCCUGGCUACCAUAUAUCUUCAAUGAAUAUUUUGACAUGAAGAAGGACAUAGACACAUUGAUAGCAGAGGAACGUGCUGAAAUCCUUUCUAAAUAUGACAAGGGCCGGCAAGAGGGUGUCAGCAUUGACCCCUGGGAGGAUGCUGACUACAGCAUUUAUAAGGUCACAGACCGCUUCGGUUUCCUUCAUGAGAAGGAGCUACCUACACCCAGUGUGCUUGAAGAAAAACAAAAGCAGCAGGAGAUAGAGCGUGUGGAGAAAUGGCUUAAGAUGGUGAAGAACUGGAACAAGUAUAGGAGCAGUGAGAAGUUAGUGAAGCGUGUGUAUAAAGGCAUCCCCCUCCAGCUCAGAGGCCAGGCUUGGGCGUUACUUUUGGACAUAGAGAAGGUUAAAAAAGACAAUGAGGGCAAAUAUGAGGUAUUAAUCAUAAAUCUUUCCUACAUUAUCUCCCACCCAACAUGUCCCUUGACGUUUGUGUGUGUGUGUGUGUUGUGUUUGUUUCAUCAGAAAAUGAAGCUGCAAGCUCGUAACUUCUCCACGGAGAUCAAGCAGAUUGACUUAGAUGUCAACAGAACCUUCAGGAAUCACAUCAUGUUCAUGGACCGCUUUGGAGUCAAGCAACAGGCACUAUUUCACGUACUGGCAGCUUAUUCUGUCUACAACACGGAGGUGAGCUACUGUCAGGGGAUGAGUCAGAUUGCCGCCAUGCUGCUCAUGUACCUGAAUGAGGAGGACGCCUUCUGGGCUCUGUCCCAGCUCCUCACCAACGGCAAGCAUGCCAUGCAUGGUUUCUUCAUCCCGGGGUUUCCCAAACUGCAGCGUUUCCAGGCCCACCACGAGCAGAUCCUCUCCAAAAUGCUGCCUAAACUGAGGAAGCACCUGGACAAGGAGCAGAUGACAUGUGGGAUUUACACCACCAAGUGGUUUCUCCAGUGCUUUAUUGACAGAACCCCAUUCACCCUCACCCUGCGCUUAUGGGACAUCUAUAUUCUGGAGGGGGAGAAGAUGCUGACCGCCAUGGCUUACACAACCCUCAAGUUACACAAGAAGCGCUUGCUGAAGUUUCAGUUGGAGGACUUGAGGGAGUUUCUUCAGGAGCAGCUGGCUGCUUCCUACUUCCUUCCAGAUGACGCCGUGGUUCAGCAGCUACAAGCCGCCAUGAUUGAGCUACGUAGUAAAAAGUUGGACCAACCUCCUCCAGCCAAGUCAGAGGAGCUGCCAAAGAAAGCACUGGGCCAAGAGAGACCGAUUCUCCUGCUUCCUCUGCAGCCUGACUCUCCUCUAGAGGUCAAAAGUGAUCCGGAGCCCGGCAGCCCGUCUCAGACGCAGAGCAUUACCUUGUCUCCUUCUACGCCCCAGCAAAUAAGAAGCCUCAGCAGAUCGAACACACCUUCUUUGCCGUCACCUGAGCCAGCACCAGCGUGCACCACCAUGCCCUGCAGAGCUCCUCCGUUACCUCCAAAAGCAGCAAAACCUUGUGCUGAGAAAGACAGAAAAGCGAAGGAGUGCGUCCCCGAUUUCAGCCAGAAAGAAGUACAAGGAGGGAAACCAGAGGAGCCGAUGGAAUGGCCCCCUCCGUAUGAAGCCCCUGCUUUGGAUCAUCUCAGCAUGCAUACUCAGGGAAUGUUGGACCUGCCAGAUCUGCCACCUCCACCACUGGUUUACCUCGCAGAGGAUGAGCACAAAGACUGUACGGUGGUCCCGCGACCCUGUCCUACUCCACUGGUGGCUCAGGUGAAGCCGUCUCCAAAACUCUUCCCCAAACCCCAAAUAUUCCCUCCCCGUGCCUUCACAGCAUCAGCAUCCUCCUCUCCCAGGCUCACUCCCCCCAAACCCACCAAGUUCCCCGUGUCUCUCUUCGUCCCAGCCUCAGCAGCUGACAGGCGGCCUUCCAACACCUCCCAGUACGACAACCUGUCUGAAGCCGAUGACGACGACCGCUGCCCUGAGAGGCUGCUGGGCUCCACCCCCGAGGAAGCUUCCAGCAUGCACUGCAGUCCACCACCCCCCUUCACCAGGGACUAUGACCCCACUCUCUACCCGCUGCCCCCCCCUCCUGUGUUUAUCCCCGCAUCACCAUCAUCAUCUUCCCUUUCCCCCUCACGUUGUGCUCUUUCCAGUUUGCCUCAGGAAGAAGAAUAUGAAGGAGACAGUAGCUGGGUGGAGGACGCCAUCAUCCCCCCUCCCCCACCCAGCUUUGCUGACAGACUGUCUCCAAUGCAGCGUCACGCUGACACGCACAGACCCACCUCACCCACCGCUUACGCCAAGCCUUUCUCUCGGGGCCCCAGGGACCAUUCUGCCUUCCCAGCGCCACUUUUGUACACCAGGUCCCUGGCGGGCCACUCCAGGCCAUCGCAGUUGGCGGUCGGGGUGCCGGCAGUCCGAUCUAGCCUGGACUUUUGUAGGAUACCUCCAGGUGGACAGCAGCUGCCGAAGUCAGUCACCUUUUGAAAAAUGGCCCUCAUCAUGUUUGCGCUGCAAGAACGUUCAGUAGCUAUUUAGUGUGUGUUUAUGUCAAGAUGCACACAUUUCUAGGAUUGGUCCUUUUGUAAGGUCAGUACUCUUUUUCUGAUUCUCAGUCUUUCUACUUCAAAUUGUACGGCGUGCACGUUGCCAGUGCAUUAUUGGUGUGUUGUAACAUUACAGUUGAUAUUAUUUCCAACAAAGUGUCUUAAAGUAACGAGGGUCCGCGAAGGGUCUCAAUGCUCACAUUGUGGUGAACAGUGAGCUGGCUCACAUCUUUUUUUUUUCUGAAAUAUAUUGAAUAUCUUCAGGUCAACGAGUUACGACACAGUUUGGGUUUUUUUUUAAAACAGAAAAUAGAUGUAAACAACAGCAGGGAGCUUGUGGUGCAAUGUGUCACAUAUGUUUUCAUUGUAUUGUUUAAGGUGUUGUCUUGAAGUAAGGACAGUUUAUAAGGCUAAAAUGAACAGCAUCUCCCUCUAGUGGUCCUAAGAGUACUUGCUAGUGGUUCACGCGUAAACGUCCCUUUUUUGUCUGUUACACUGUCAGUUCAUGCAUGUGCACAAUUUUCUACAUGAAGACAUUUCAAAUGGUAUAUAUAUAUAUAUAUAUAUAUAUAUAUAUAUAUAUAUAUAUAUAUAUAUAUAUAUAUAUAUAUAUAUAUAUAUAUAUAUGUGUUCAACAUACAGGUUGCUGCAUUCUUAUGUAGCAGCAGUUGCUUUUGUACUGACUUGUACUAUUAGAGAUGUUUUGCUUUUUCCUUCUCUCUCGUGUGCUGACAAAUUUUGCAUUCAUUCAUUUAUUUAUACAGCGUUCAAGACUUUGAUAAUGUGGACUUUUCAUAAAUGAGACCUCCAUUGAGAUGUCAUGGAGGUAGCUGGCAGUAGACCAAAACCUCAGUAUGUCUGCAUCUAACUUGUCAUUGACCAAUGAAAAUGCAUCUACACAAGUUUGUUUUUUUUUAACUUUUAAUUUAUGGUAAAAUAACACAUUUCAGAUAAAGAAAAAAUGUUGAGAUAUAUGCUUUUCAUUGAAUUAUAAUAUUAGAAGUCUGAUAAAAACAGGAACAUUGCAUUGUUUUCUUUUGUCAAGCAGGCACCGGGUGAUUUUGUUUAUUGCACUCUCACAAACCUUGAGAUGUUAGUGUACAUAACUUUUGUUUCCGCUGUGCAAAAAGCAAAUUUUCAAUAAAAGACCCUUCAAGCA